CCAGGAGGAGGCGUUCAUCCCAAACCUACAGACUUCCUCUGGGUUCCUCUGUAACGCAUCGGUGUGUCAGGUUUCACUCAUGAAAGAGUCACGCCGCUGUUAGCCAAUGAGAGUUGAGAUAUUUAGAUGUCACAGGGGUGGACACCAGGGUUGGUAAAGUUCAGAUGUAAUGAUCUCACACACACACACACACACACACACACACACACACACACACACACACACACACACACACACACACACACACACACACACACACACACACACACACACACACACACACACACACACCUUUAGUUCUGCCUCCAGCCAGAGCACCAUCACACCUCAGCUCCAGGCAGAAGACUGACUCCUGCCUCUGACUGAAGGGUUGUCUUUGUCUCCAUCUAGUGAUGAUAAGAUGAAACUACUCCAGGCUUCCUGCUGCCAGUCAGACUGGUUUAGUCGUUUCUUACCGUCAGUCAGGCGUGUUUCAGACUUAAAUUAUGAGGAUGUGAAGACAAGAAGCUGCUACUUCUCUCCAAACGCUUCCUGACUCACGACGGAGGGAGAGAGCCAACGAGGUCAUCUGCAGGGAGUUUAACCGGUCUGGACUGAACCAUGGAUCAGAUGCAACGUGAAGUCCCAGCGACUGAAUCCACACCGUCUGGAAAGCCUGAGAUUCCGAUCAAACAUCAGAGUCACCAGCAGCUCAGCAGAGUCUCUGAAACGGAACCAGACCCUGAUUCCAAACGCGUGUCGCUGAAAAGCGACCAAUCAAAGGAAGCUCCUCUCAAGUUUAAAGGACUCGAUCCUGAUGAAACACAGUUAAAACUGAAGAACUCAGAGGAUCUUAAGAGUCAUGUAACACCCCAAAUCAGCCUCCCCUUCAUAUUUAUGUGUCUGGAAGAGAACAUAAUCCGUUUUGUUAAGAAGGAGCUGAAGAAGUUCCAGGAAGCUCUGAGUCCAGCAGAUCCAGAAUGCUUUGACAGUCAGGAUGAUGAAGAGGAGCUGGGAUGUGAGGAGGAGGAACGAAGGCGAAGAAACAGAGAAUCACUUCUGAACAUCACUCUGAACCUUCUGAAGAAAAUGAAGCAGGAGGACGUGGCUGAUCUUCUGCAGAGCAGAAUGAGCGCCCCAUUGUGCCAAAGCAAACUUAAAGAAAACUUGAAAACCAAGUUCCAGGUUGUGUUUGAGGGGAUCGCUAAAUCAGGAAACCCGACGCUCCUGAACCAGAUCUUCACAGAGCUCUACAUCACAGAGGGAGAGACCGGAGGGGUCCACCAUGAACACGAGGUCAGACAGAUAGAAGCAGCUUCUAGGAAACCUCACAGACCAGAGACCACCAUCAGACAUGAAGACUUCUUAAAGGUCCCACCUGGAAGAGAUGAACCAAUCAGAACAGUGAUGACUAAAGGAGUGGCCGGCAUCGGGAAGACCGUCCUAACCCAGAAGUUCACUCUGGACUGGACUGAAGAUAAAACCAACCAGAACAUCCACUUCAUGUUUCCGUUCACCUUCAGAGAGCUGAAUGUGCUGAAAGAGAAGAAGUUCAGCUUGGUGGAACUUGUUCAUCACUUCUUCUCUGAAACCAAGAACAUCUGCAGCUUUGAAGAGUUCCAGGUGGUCUUCAUCUUUGAUGGUCUGGAUGAGUGUCGGCUUCCUCUGGACUUCCACAACAACCAGGUCCUGACUGAUGUUACAGAGUCCACCUCAGUGGAUGUUCUGCUGACCAACCUCAUCAAGGGAAACCUGCUUCCCUCUGCUCGCCUCUGGAUCACCUCAAGACCUGCAGCAGCCAAUCAGAUCCCUCCUGAGUGUGUUGGCAUGGUGACAGAGAUCAGAGGGUUCACUGACCUCCAGAAGGAGGAGUACUUCAGGAAGAGUUUCAAAUAUAAGAAGCAAACCAACAGGAUCCUGUCCCACCUGAAGAAUUCACGAAGUCUCCACAUCAUGUGCCACAUUCCGGUCUUCUGUUGGAUCACUGCUACGGUUCUGAAGAAAGUUUUUAAAAACCUGAAGGAAACGGAGCUUCCCACAACCCUGACUGAGAUGUACAUCCACUUCCUGGUGGUCCAGACCAAAGUGAAGCAGGUUAAGUAUGAUGGAGGAGCCGAGACAGAUCCACACUGGAAUCCAGAGAACAAGAAGAUGAUGGAGGCUCUGGGAAAACUGGCUUUUGAUCAGCUGCAGAAAGGACACCUGAUUUUCUACGAGUCAGACCUGAUAGAGUGUGGCAUCAACAUCAGAGCAGCUUCACUUUACUCAGGAGUGUUCACACAGAUCUUUAAAGAGGAGAGAGGACUCCACCAGGACAAGGUCUUCUGCUUCGUCCAUCUGAGUGUUCAGGAGUUUCUGGCUGCUCUUCAUGUCCAUCUGACCUUCAUUAACUCUGGAAUCAACUUGUUUAAAGACCAACAAACAGCCUCUCGUUUGUCCAAGAUGCUUAAAGACAAAUCAAAAUUAAGAAUUCUCUACAAGUGCGCGGUGGACAAGGCCUUAGAGAGCCCAAACGGUCACCUGAACCUGCUCCUCCGCUUCCUCCUUGGUCUUUCACUGCCAGCCAAUCAGAUUCUCCUACAAGGUCUUCUAACUCAUACAGGAAAUGUGCUGGAUGCAAAUCAAAAGGCUGUUGAGUACAUCAAGAAGAAGAUCAGCAAGAACCUGCCAGCAGAGAAGAGCAUCAACCUGUUCCACUGUCUGAAUGAACUCCAUGAUCGUUCUCUGGUAGAGGAGAUCCAACAGUCUCUGAGGUCUGGAAGUCUUUCCACGGAUAACCUGUCUCCUGCUCACUGGUCUGCUCUGGUCUUCAUCCUUCUGUCAUCAGACAAAAAUCUGGAUGUGUUUGAACUGAAGAAGUACUCAGCUUCUGAGGAGGCUCUCCUGAUGCUGCUGCCUGUGGUCAAAGUCUCCAACAAAGUUCUAUUAAGUGGCUGUAACCUCUCAGAGAGAAGCUGUGAAGCCCUGGCCUCCAUCCUGAGCUCCAGGUCUUCUAGUAUCAGAGAUCUGGACCUGAGCAACAACAACCUGCAGGAUGCUGGAGUGAAGCUGCUGUGUGGAGGACUCAAAAGUCCAAACUGUAGACUGGAAUCUCUCAGUCUCUCAGGUUGCCAGGUAACACAGGAAGGAUGCACUUCACUGGCUUCAGCUCUGAACUUCAAUCCCUCACAUUUAAAAGAUCUGGACUUGAGCUACAACCAUCCUGGAGACUCAGGAGAGAAGAUGCUGACUGGAAAGCUGAAGGAUCCAUGCUGCAGGCUGGACACUCUCAGUUUUGACCAAUCAGGAGAACAAAGGCUCAUCCCUGGUUUGAGGAAAUAUGCCUGCCGACUCACUCUGGACCCAAACACGGCCCACAAGGAGCUUCUCCUGUCUCUGAAUAAGAGGAAAGUGACGGUGGCCCAGAAGUAUCCUUGCAUGGAUCAUCCAGAGAGAUUUGACCAUUUGCCUCAGCUGCUGUGUGGAAACGGUCUGGCUGGCCGCUGUUACUGGGAGGUGGACUGGAGAGGGGUGGUUAAAGUGGCGGUGACUUACAGAGGAAUCUGCAGGAAAGGGAAUAAGUGUGACAGCAUUUUCGGACGGAACGACCGGUCGUGGAGUCUCCUCUGCUCUGAAGGAGGGUACUCCGUGUGGCACGACAACCGAGAGACCAUCAUCCCUCUUCCUCCUUCGUCCCUGGUCUCUAAGAAAGUAGCCGUCUACCUUGACUGUCCUAGUGGUACCUUGUCCUUCUACAAAGUCUCCGACACGCUGGUCCACCUCCACACUUUCAGAAACACCUUCACUGAACUUCUGUAUCCUGGCUUUGGCUUUGGCUUUGGUUGGGGGUCCUGCUUCGGUUUCUCUGUGACAUUGUGUGAGCUGUGAUUGUGUUUGAUCGUUGUCGAGUCUCAGCUCAAGAGCCAAAAUGCAAAAACUUCACACUAAAUCCUAAUUUUAGUAAAUAACCUUCAGGCAAAAAGCUGAACAUCAAAGCAACAACAAAUGAAAAAUCAGGGCAUCGUGUGGCGGGCGUUAAUCUAGUUAGUACUCCUGUUAAAUUUAUGUGCUUUAUUUUCGCAAACGGCCGGCACAAGAAAACAACAGAGGAAGAGACGUCUCUCUGCAUCAGCCAGCAGGAAAACAUCAGAAAACACGCAGAGUUACUAAAUGUUUUGAGUAGAAAAGAUUCCUGCAGCAGCAGAGCUACGUGCUGCUGUGUGUCAUCUAUUACCCUAAGGCAGGCCCAGGGCACCAAAAAGGCCAGGUGUGUGUGCGCGCGCGUGUGUGUGUGUGUGUGUGUGUGUGUGUGCGUGUGUGUGCCGUCGUUCCAGCAUCACCUCGCCCCUCCCACCUGCUGAAAGCUUCAAACCAAUCAGAGGAAGGACAACCAGGCUGACUAUUGGUUUAUCUUUAGAAGCUCCGCCCCCUCAGGUAGGCUACACAUUCCUGCACGAGCAUCAUUUUCAGUGUCUAAACUGAGCUGUGUCAUUGCAAUGAACCUUUUUCCUGUUUUUGUUUUAAUCUGAGUUUUAUCUUUUUGUUUUAAAACUUUAAAAAUAAAGACUUUG